CAAUGCUCCUUCUUGUGUCCAUGCAUUUAUUUGAUCAAGAAAUUAGAGAAAUUCAGUUUAUUAAUAUCAACUAACCAACAAAAGAUAAAAGCUGCAUCAACAGCUUCAACAGAUGAGAGAGAGAGGCUACCUUAAACCGGGCCCACUAAAGACAGAUGUCAGUUUCAGUGUCCACUUAAAAAGUGUAGCAGACACAAUAAUUGUUACUUGUGUCAAAAAAUAACCAUGGCUUCAUGUAGCUACCAACCAAACAAGCAUUCUCCUCCAAAAACUUUGAUCUGUUUCUUUAAGAUUAUUCUCAGACAAAGCCUUCAAGAUGGAAAUCUUAAGAUACCAAACAAGUUCACUAGCAAAUAUGGUGGUGGUGUGAAAAAUCCAGUGUAUCUGAAGCCUCCAGAUGGCACUCAAUGGAAAGUACAAUGGACUCAGCAUGAUGGUGACAUUUUAUUUGAAAAGGGUUGGAAAGAAUUUGCUGCAUAUUACUGUCUGGAUCAUGGUCACUUGUUGCGAUUUGAGUUCAAUGGAACUUCUUGUUUUGAGGUACACAUAUUUGACAUGAGUGGCCUUGAAAUACACUAUCCUUUCAAUAACCGGAUCGACAAUGAUUCGGUUGAGACUUUGAAUGAGCUACCACCAGAAUGUUGGGGCAGAGAGCAGAAAAGAUUGAAAACACCAUUAUCAUUAUCAUUGCCUUUUACAAGUAAGCAAUUGAGAAUUGCCACAGAAACUAGAGAUGUGGAAGGAGGCAGUCAAUCUGAAGAGAAAAACAUUGAGAUGCCAAUAAUUCCAUCUGUCAUUCAUCGUUCGGAUGUUUUUGAGCCUGGGACCUGUGGUUUUCGAUGCCUGGAAGAAGCUCAGAAGUUCAACUCAGAAAAUCCCUCUUUCAUGAUCAAGCUAGGGAAGAGUAAUCUACAGAGAUCAAGGGCUAAUUUUAAAGCUUCCUUCUACAUAAAGUAUUUUGAAAACAAGGAGCAGAAUGUAGAGAUACGGUAUGAAGGCAAGUUGUGGCCUGCAAAGCUGCUCUGUUAUCCCGCAACAGCAGCUGCCUAUAUCUCGAAUGGUUGGCGGCCUUUUAGUGUUGAGAAUGAUUUAAAAGUUGGAGAUGUUUGUGUCUUUGAGCUCAUUAAUGGAGAAAACCCAGUGCUUGAUGCUCAUAUUUAUAGAGCCAAUGGUUAAGCAAUCCAUUAGAACUUCAGGAGCUCUUAAACCAAGUAAUUUGGUAAAUAUGUAGCACUUAUUUUGUAAAAUUGAAAAUCUACUAUGGACAAUCUCUCUUGUAAAUAUUGUCUCUUGUUUUAUCAUCUUAGUGAAGAUGUAGCUCUUAUUUUUCCCGGACC